UUUGCUUCGGCGACAUUGCCCCUCGCGCAGGCGGCGACAGUUAGACUGAGGUGCUGCUUCUGUUAACGGGCGGGGACCGGUAAACAAAAACAAGCAAACAAAUAAGUAAGUAAGUCAAUAAAUAAAUAACCGGCGCUGCCAUGACUUCCAAGAACAUCAUCAGCAGCCGCUUCGGCCUCCGCAGGGCGGAUGUGUCCCGGUCCGAGAGCGACACCGACGCGGUCCGUAAAGAAAACGCGCGGCUCAAGAAGUCCCUGGAGGAGCUGAGCAAGGGCCAGACGUGGGAACGCGAGCGGAACCGGCUGUUGGAGAAAAUUCUGGCACUUGAAACUACUAAGCAGAAACAGAUCCAAGAACUUGAACAGAAAGAUAAGCAACUAGAGAUGAUGAAAGAUCAGUUCGCAAAAUCUGGAAGUAAUGAGGUCAAUGUUCUGCGCAGAAAGCUCGAAGAUAAAAAUAAUGAUAUAAAGAAGAAAGAACAGCUCUUCAAGUCCUUGAGUGAGGAAACUGAAAAUCUGAAAAACAAACUGUCUGCAAUCACUUUAAAAUGCAAAGAACUUGAAAACAGUGUUCCAAAUCUUUUACCUCAGUGCCAAAGUGGAUCAUCAUAUGGAAUGGGAACACUCCAGGCUCAACUAAAAGAUGCUCUAGAGAAAAACCAGCAAUGGCUGAUAUAUGACCAACAACGGGAGGCUUACGUCAGGGGUCUGCUUGGCCGCAUAUUUGAGCUAGAACAACAAAACAAUCGGUGUUCUGACUCCAAAGAAGAAACAAUUCAACAGCUGGAAGAUAAACAGAAAUACUAUGAGCAACUGCUUUCAUCUACGAGAAAGGAUUUUGAAGCACAGCGUGAUAUUACAGAAAGACUUAAAUUAGAGCUUUCUGAUGUGAAAAAGCGCUAUGAAGAGAAGAACUUAGAAGUCAAUGCCUUAAAUGUCAGACUGCAAGCAGAACAAGGUUGCAGUAAAUCGAAGGCUGAUGAAGAAAAGAAGUGCUCGGCUGAAAAAAUACAGAAACUUCAAACAGAGUUAGAAAAUUUAAAAGCUCAAUAUGAAGAGGAGAAAAAAAGAUCAGCGGACUUGUUAUAUCAGAUACAGCUCCUUCAGAAGUCGUCAAUAAAUCAACAAGAAGAACGGACAAGAAAUAGAAUGAUGGAACAACAGAUGCAAAACCUUACAUUAGAUUUUGAGAGUGAGAAACAAGAUCGCCAAAAGCUGCAACACCAAUUACAGAAAGUCUUGAAAGAGCUGCAUAAGGCACAAGAACAGAUCACCGGACUGGAGAAUACACAAGGACAAGACAUCCGCCUCUCAGAUCCAGUGUUAUACAGGAAUGGUGAUGAUGAAAACAAAUCGCCUUUGCCAAAGUCCAACAAUCUUCUUGAUGAGAGUUUCUUGGCAUGCCCCAAGUGCAAAGCUCAAUAUCCCACAAGUCAACACCGUGAUCUUUUGGACCAUGUUGAUUAUUGUAAUUACUAGAAUCCAUGCUGCCUUUUUUCUCAUUUCACUUAAAGUUGUAAUCAGAAAGCUACAGUUUGCGAAUAAACAUUUGAAAAUAAAUGAAUUUGAUACUUAAUAUAAUUCAGAAAACUGAGCAACUUGACUGAUUUUCCAGUUCAAGUACGUUUGGGAAGGGUUAACUUAAUUUUGGCAGUUUCUUGAGGCAGUAUUUACCACCUCCAGAGGUAAGUGUGAAGCUGGAGGAACACAGCAGGUCAGGCAGCAAUCGGGGAGCGGGAAAGUUGAUGUUUCAGGU